AUGGCAUUCCGAUCCGCCCUGUGCAGGUUGGCCGUCGCCCCGACCGCAGCCGACGAGUUCCUGCAGCCACGCAGGGCGAGCGAUUGCAGCGCAGAAGCGUUCUGCUGCUGGUGGCCACAGAACCUGGGCGCCGCCCAGUGCGGGCAGUGCGGCACAGCAUGGGGGAAUCGCAAGUACUUGCCUGGCACGAGCUGCCCCUCGAGCGACGGCAGGACCUUCGAGACCGGCGAUAGGAGCCAGUGCUAUGGCACUGGCACUUGGUGCGGGGGCGGCGCGGCCGCCCUGCUUGCGAACCAGUCGCAGUCGCAGCUCGAGCAGAGCCUGACGGCUGAGUCGUACCCGCACAUCAAUCCCUCCGGCUGCAGCGGGGGCUGCGAUUGCGACUGGCUCUCCACCGACAACUGCCAGGACAAGGAGUGGUGCUGCGCCGAGGCGUGCCGCGACUACUACCACAAUCCGGCAGGUUGCUCUGGGGCCGCCCUGCUUGCGAACCAGUCGCAGCUCGAGCAGAGCCUGACGGCUGAGUCGUACCCGCACAUCAAUCCCUCCGGCUGCAGCGGGGGCUGCGAUUGCGACUGGCUCUCCACCGACAACUGCCAGGACAGGGAGUGGUGCUGCGCCGGGGCGUGCCGCGACUACUACCACAAUCCGGCAGGGUGCUCCGGGGCCGCUCUGCUUGCGAACCAGUCGCAGCUCGAGCAGAGCCUGACGGCUGAGUCGUACCCGCACAUCAAUCCCUCCGGCUGCAGCGGGGGCUGCGAUUGCGACUGGCUCUCCACCGACAACUGCCAGGACAAGGAGUGGUGCUGCGCCGGGGCGUGCCGCGACUACUACCACAAUCCGGCAGGUUGCUCCGGGGCCGCCCUGCUUGCGAACCAGUCGCAGCUCGAGCAGAGCCUGACGGCUGAGUCGUACCCGCACAUCAAUCCCUCCGGCUGCAGCGGGGGCUGCGAUUGCGACUGGCUCUCCACCGACAACUGCCAGGACAAGGUGUGGUGCUGCGCCGGGGCGUGCCGCGACUACUACCACAAUCCGGCAAGUUGCUCCGGGGCCGCCCUGCUUGCGAACCAGUCGCAGCUCGAGCAGAGCCUGACGGCUGAGUCGUACCCGCACAUCAAUCCCUCCGGCUGCAGCGGGGGCUGCGAUUGCGACUGGCUUUCCACCGACAACUGCCAGGACAAGGAGUGGUGCUGCGCCGAGGCGUGCCGCGACUACUACCACAAUCCAGCAGGUUGCUCUGGGGCCGCCCUGCUUGCGAACCAGUCGCAGCUCGAGCAGAGCCUGACGGCUGAGUCGUACCCGCACAUCAAUCCCUCCGGCUGCAGCGGGGGCUGCGAUUGCGACUGGCUCUCCACCGACAACUGCCAGGACAAGGAGUGGUGCUGCGCCGGGGCGUGCCGCGACUACUACCACAAUCCGGCAGGUUGCUCCGGGGCCGCCCUGCUUGCGAACCAGUCGCAGCUCGAGCAGAGCCUGACGGCUGAGUCGUACCCGCACAUCAAUCCCUCCGGCUGCAGCGGGGGCUGCGAUUGCGAUUGGCUCUCCGCCGACAACUGCCAGGACAGGGAGUGGUGCUGCGCCGGGCGGUGCUCCGGGGCCGCUCUGCUUGCGAACCAGUCGCAGCUCGAGCAGAGCCUGACGGCUGAGUCGUACCCGCACAUCAAUCCCUCCGGCUGCAGCGGGGGCUGCGAUUGCGACUGGCUCUCCACCGACAACUGCCAGGACAAGGAGUGGUGCUGCGCCGGGGCGUGCCGCGACUACUACCACAAUCCGGCAGGUUGCUCCGGGGCCGCCCUGCUUGCGAGCCAGUCGCAGCUCGAGCAGAGCCUGACGGCUGAGUCGUACCCGCACAUCAAUCCCUCCGGCUGCAGCGGGGGCUGCGAUUGCGACUGGCUCUCCACCGACAACUGCCAGGACAGGGAGUGGUGCUGCGCCGGGGCGUGCCGCGACUACUACCACAAUCCGGCAGGGUGCUCCGGGGCCGCUCUGCUUGCGAACCAGUCGCAGCUCGAGCAGAGCCUGACG